GCCGCGGGGCCUGCCCGAGCUGCUGGGCGGGGCUGCGGCCGGGACCCAGCAGGAGGCGACGAGGCGACCCCGGCGUGCUCGACCCCGCGGAGCCAUGGCCGGCUGCUGCUCCGCGCUCGGGGCCUUCUUGUUCGAGUACGACACGCCGCGCAUCGUGCUCAUCCGCAGCCGUAAAGUGGGGCUCAUGAACCGCGUGGUGCAGCUGCUCAUCCUGGCUUACGUCAUCGGGUGGGUGUUUGUGUGGGAAAAGGGUUACCAGGAAACUGACUCUGUGGUCAGCUCGGUGACAACCAAGGCCAAAGGGGUGGCUGUGACCAACACUUCUGAACUUGGAUUCCGGAUCUGGGAUGUGGCGGACUAUGUGAUUCCAGCUCAGGAGGAAAACUCGCUCUUCAUCAUGACCAACAUGAUCAUCACUGUGAACCAGACGCAGAGCACCUGUCCAGAAAUUCCCGAUCAGACCACCGUUUGUAACUCGGACUCGGACUGUACCGUUGGCUCAGCAGGCACCCACAGCAACGGGAUCGGGACCGGAAAAUGUGUACCAUUCAAUGAGUCCGUGAAGACCUGCGAGGUGGCAGCUUGGUGCCCAGUGGAGAAUGACGCUGGUGUGCCAACGCCAGCUUUUUUAAAGUCCGCGGAGAACUUCACCCUCUUGGUAAAGAACAACAUCUGGUACCCCAAGUUUAAUUUCAGCAAGAGGAACAUCCUCCCCAACAUCACCACUUCCUAUCUCAAAUCGUGCGUUUAUGAUGCUCGGACGGAUCCCUUCUGCCCCAUAUUCCGUCUCGGCAGGAUUGUGGAGGACGCCGGGCACAGCUUCCAGGAGAUGGCGGUGGAGGGAGGCAUCAUGGGCAUCCAGAUCAAGUGGGACUGUAACCUUGACAGAGCGGCCUCCCUCUGCCUGCCCAGAUAUUCCUUCCGGCGCCUCGACACCCGGGACCUGGAACACAAUGUGUCUCCUGGCUACAAUUUCAGGUUUGCCAAGUACUACAGGGACCUCACUGGCAACGAGCAGCGUACGCUCAUCAAGGCAUAUGGCAUCCGCUUUGACAUCAUUGUGUUUGGAAAGGCUGGGAAGUUUGACAUCAUCCCUACCAUGAUCAACGUUGGCUCCGGCUUGGCGCUGUUAGGGGUGGCGACUGUGCUCUGUGACGUCAUAGUCCUCUACUGCAUGAAGAAAAGAUACUACUACCGGGACAAGAAAUACAAGUAUGUGGAAGACUACGAGCAGGGUCUCGCCGGUGAGAUGGACCACUGAUGCCCGACCCUUCAACCCCACAGCGCCCUCACCGAAGCCGUGAGAAGGGAGAAAUGGCGGCCGCAUCUCUCUAGAGAAGGUCCCAGAGUUUCAUUCCGUCUCCUCCACUCCACAAACACUCAGGGUUGCCCAGCGGGUCUUGUUUUAGUUUUGUCUUUCUUUUUUUUUUUUUUUUUUGUUUUUUUCGAGACAGGGUUUCUCUGUGU